AUGUGUCGAUUCAUGCUGGAUAAUGAAGACGACCAGGUCCAAAAAUGGCAAGGAUGGCUGCCCUCGUCCGUUACCUGGGCUAUGCCAGUGGAUAUCACUGAGCUUGGCGCCAUUCUUGCAGCCUACUCAAACUUGGAAGCCGAGAUCGAAACACUGUCAGAAUGUCAUCAGAACGGUUCUGGCCUGUUCACUCAACUUCCGCAAGAAAUCUUCGAUCAAAUCAUCGACGACUAUCUCCAGGCAGAGAAAGCUGUGCUCGCACCUCUUUGGAAGAAGUCUUUUGCUUGCUUCAUGGGUAUCUGCACAAUCGGGCAGCAUCUAAACCCUUUCAACAAUCAAACACAGGACAUAUGGAACCAACUUGAGCGGCUCCCAGAAUUCAACGACCUCGUUGCCAAAUACCUUCCGGGAGGAUCCGAGAGUGAUCGCGUCUUCAGUGACUCCGAAAAAGCGAUCAUAGUUGAAGGAUAUGGUGACGAUAGAGGAAGCGGCUUUCUUGACAUCUGGGACCACUUCGAGCGGAGAGAGGAGUGGUUGGAUCGACUAUGCUGCCAGAAUUUGGUUAAUGGUUCAACGAGGAAGACCUUUCCUCACUUGAUCAGUAUUCUACGAUCUCGAUUUGGACUGGAAGUGAUUAUCUGCCAUGAACCACUUACCGAGGAGCUGAGGUACCUUCUACCACACAGGCAUCUGGGAGAUUUCUUUCAGUACGACCAUAUGUGGUAUACGUCUGCUUUUCUAGCUAUUGCUUCUGUGGACAAGAUUGACCAGUCGGUAAUCACUCCAAUGCAACAAAGCUUAGCGGAGAUCCCAAACUUGGCCGCAACGUACUCUGUUAUCGAUCCUCCCCUAUCCGAAGACAAGCGAAAGCUUUUUGCGCAGGCAGUACGAUUGUUCAAGCUAAGGCCGCACUUUCACUUGAGCAACAUCGACUUAUCAGUGAAGAAUCCCGGCUUCUCCGACAGCUUGAGAGUGAGGACGUCGGAGGAUUUCGACGAGUACAUUGAAAGAUGGAGCAAAGAACUUGCCAAACAGUCAUGGCCCCAACUCAUGUUCCUCGCAACUCCAUCUGCUGCAAUGAGCGACAGCUAAGACUAGCCAUGUUCUGCCACAACUGCUUCAAGUGGUCAAGAACACACAUUCAGUGUAGUCUGCAGUUUACUCAGAGCAGCUCGAAGCAGGCUCGCAUAUACUGCCGUUUGUCCUCAUGGCAGGCCAUGGUUCAUGGCAUGUGCUAUUUCAAUUGACCUGUAGCAAAGCAUUCGAAAGCCACGAGAAACUGGUAACAUCUACUGCAGGGACCGUGUUACACACAUUACCUCCCAUGUAACGCGCUGUGGAGUUGACUCUUAGCGAGCUUAACGAAGUAUAUGAAGUUGGGAGGGCAAGCAAUGAAAGGUAUACUUCGGACAGCUUAUAAUACAAAUCCAAUCGAAC